ACAUUGUUGUAAUUAUCUACCAUUUUUUUUUCAAGUAUGACUCUACAUCAGCCAUUAAGACAAGGGUUACGACUCUACAGUACAAGGACUUCCCGAAAUAAAGAGGUUAUUGAUCGUAUUAUUAGAGUGGAUCAUGCAGGGGAGCUGGGUGCAGAUCGUAUUUAUGCAGGACAGAUGGCUGUUCUAGGAAAAACUAGUGUUGGCCCAGUAAUUCAGCAUAUGUGGGACCAAGAAAAAGAACACAAAGCCAAAUUUGAGGAACUGAUACCAAAAUACAGAGUGAGGCCAACAGUACUGAUUCCUAUAUGGAAUGUUGCUGGCUUUGUCUUAGGUGCAGGAACAGCAUUGCUUGGAAAAGAGGGAGCGAUGGCAUGUACUGUAGCUGUUGAAUCUGUCAUCACUGACCACUACAAUUCACAAUUGCGAGAAUUGAUUUCAUUGGGGGAAGAGGAACACAAGGAAUUGAUAGAAGUAAUAAAGAAAUUUAGGGAUGAUGAAAUGGAGCACCAUGACACAGGCUUGGAACAUGAUGCUGAACUAGCACCAGCUUAUAACCUCUUAAGUAAUGUUAUUAAAGCUGGUUGUAAGGCAGCUGUAUUUAUAUCUGAAAGAAUAUAAGAUAUAUUUCAACCUUGUACUCAGGUAUGUCAUUUCCUACGGCCUCUGUUUAUUUUGUAUUCUGCAAAUAACCUUGUCAAGUCAUAGUACAUGUAUAUAGAAUGUUU